AGUGUGUAAAGCAGUAUUGCUAUUUUCAGGUACAAGGUUCAGCGUGUAAUCGAUUGUAUACAGAGAAGUAAAGCCAACAGGAAAACGUCGAUAAACUCACCGAGAACGUUAUUCAUCAGUGCAUUACAUUUACAGAAGUGUAGUUAGCUAGUAGGGCUAUAAUGACGGCAUUUUUGCCUCCAAAUUUACUGGCACUUUUUGCUGCCAGGGACCCGAUUCCAUACCUCCCGCCUGCCGACAAACUCGGUCACGAGAAAAAAAGAAACAGUUAUGGUGGAGUUGCUAUAUUUUUAAAGGAAUUCGAGGACCCUAAAGAUACUCCUCCACCAACUAGAGUGGAAACAAAAGAAGAGAGGAAAGAAAGGAAGAGGAAGGAAAGAGCCGAACAAAUUGCGUACAAAUUAGAACAAGAUUUAGCUUUAUGGGACCCACAUUCACAGAAUGCAUCUACAGAUCCUUACAAGACUUUAUUUAUAGCAAGAAUAAAUUAUGAUACAAGUGAAUCUAAACUACGUAGAGAAUUUGAAGUAUAUGGACCUAUACGAAAAAUAAAGAUGUUGAGUGACAAGAUAAAUGGUAAACCACGAGGUUAUGCUUUCAUAGAGUAUGAACAUGAGAGGGACAUGCACUCGGCAUAUAAACAUGCUGAUGGUAAGAAGAUUGAUGGUCGUAGGGUGUUGGUAGAUGUCGAGAGAGGGCGCACCGUCAAGGGGUGGCGACCAAGAAGAUUGGGUGGUGGUCUUGGUGGUACAAGAAAAGGUGGCCCUGAGGAAAACACUCGAUUCUCUGGAAGAGACGACUAUGGCAGCCGAAAUGAAGGCUUCCGAGAUCGAGAGAGGGAUACAGAACGUGAGAGACCUGCGGAGCGGGAAAGAGAACGACCGGAGCGAAGACGUAGAUCAAAGUCGAGAGAGAGGGAUCGUGAUAGGAGGAGGAGAAGUAGAAGUCGAGACAAGAAGAGGGACAAAGAAGGUGGCGAGGAAGACGAAAAAGAGAAGGAUAAGGAUAAAGAUAAGGGAGAUAGAAAGAAGCGAUCUAGAAGAAGUCGAUCACGUGACCGAGAUCGCAGCAAGAAACGAAGCAGAUCUAAGGAUAGGGAUCGUAAACGCAAGAGGAGUAGAAGCCGUGAUAGAAAACCGAAGGAAGAACCCACAGAUGAACAAGGUGGUGGAGAUGGUGAACCGGGAGAAUACACUGAGCCAGAAAUUAAAGAAGAGCCAUUUGAUGAUGGUGAAUACGGGGGAGUUUAUAAUAACGGUAGCGGAGGUCAGGCCGAACAGGAAGAGGGGCAAUAUGGGGAAUACCAGGAACAGGAAAUGGAGGCUAACUAGGGAGCUGGAAUACUCAGUAACAAAGAUGCAUCAUGUAUGCAUAGAUUUGAAUGAAAAGAUAUGUAAUACACUGUUGUGUAAUAGAGACUAGCAAAACAUUUUUUGCAAUGUCUUUCUCGGUUUUAUUUAUAGGUGAAAAAUCAUUGUUUAAAUUAUUUUAAACAUCUUUUCUUUUGUGUUCAUAUUUGAAAAUGUUAUUAUAUGUAAACCAUCAGAUAAUGUUGUAAUACCUGUGUACUUUUAAUGAAUACCAGUAAAUUGUUAUCUUAAAGUACAGACAUACUGUUAAUUGAUCAUAAAUCAUAAUUUAUACUUCAUAAUUGAGAUAAAAUCUUUAUCAGAAACUGACAUAACUAGGUGAAAUUUUUAUAAUAUAUUUGACAUUUUGAAUAUGUUUAUCUAGAUAAUAGGUAUUCACCCUAGAAUUUUAAUGUAACAAAAUAAAAAAGUGAUCUGCAGAAUCCAAUUAACAACUAUAAUUGUUUGAAAUAUGACAUGUUGUUGUAGUGCAGUGAUAAGAUUUUUAACUAUUGUCAUCAUUAAUCAUCUCUCAAUCAUAAUUUGUUCUCACCAAUCAUUCAUUUUUACCUAACAAAUCAAAAUCACUAGAAUAGAGUAAGAUUCUACAAUGACUUGUAAUGGUAGAUAAUUCUUCAUGAACAAUACUGAGUGUAAGCAUUCAAAGCGACUACAGAAAUUUAUAUGGAAUAAUGAAAUAUUUUGAUUUCAGUUUAAGAAAAGGAAUCAAACUGAAAUUAAAGUAGUGAAAUGUUAAACUAAAAUGUUACUUCUACAACUGAUAGUGUAAUAUAUUCAUUUCUAUAAAACAAAAUGUUGAAGUUUUAAUAUAUAAUAUAACUGAAAGGUCUAGUUAUAAGUUUUUAUAAUAAUAUCAUUGAAAUUCCACGUAAAAUAUGAACAUUUUACAUGUUUAAAAAGACCCAUUACUUUGGUGAUUUAAUUUUACUAUUAUUAAACGGAAAAACUAGUACUUUUUUGUCAAAUGUUGAUUUAGAAGUAAAAUGUUCUUAAGAUCAGCAUUUAUUUUAUAUAAUUAUAAAACAUAAGGAAGAAUUUACCUUAAAGAAUUUACUGUAAGAAGUGUUCAUCAUAACAUGUAAAUCCUCGUGACAGUUUUUUCUGUUGGCUUAAACUUCUAUAUAACAACAUACUGUAUAAACUGUGGGCUUUUAUAUGGGCAUUUAGGGAACUACCAGUGGAUAUACCAAAAUGUAGUUACAAAAUAUUUAAAUAUUUUACCGUUUUUAUUCUUGUAAGCAAUAUGUUAAUAUAAAUGAAAUCAGCUUAUUGUUUUCCUUUUUUUAUCUUGAUUUUGUUAAUAUUCCUCACAAAUGUUAUACAAGCAAAAUUUCUUUUAAUGCUUUAUUUCAGAAAAUAUAUUGACAAAAAUAUUUAAAAUAAGUAAUUGCAGUAAAAUAAAUUUCACUGGGAGGAGAUUGGGGACAUACUUAUAUCAUGGUUAUUUUUUUAAUGCGUCCGGAAAGACAAAUGUUUUCUUAAAAGAGGAAAUACAGUAAUGCUGGAUAAAACUGGUGGUAUAAGUGGCUAUGACACCUGUAUUCCCUAAUUGAACUUAGGUUGUUAGAUAGUUUAAAUGCUAUUUCUAUGUAGAGAUAUUGUUUUUACACCAGCCCAUCUGUAUAUGUAAGUAGACAAGUUUUCUCCAUCUAUUUGUUGUCUACACUAAUGUGGUGAAUAAAUAAUGAAAAAAUGGA